UAGGCAUGCAUCAAGAAUGUAUCGGUAUGCAUCAAGGGAUCGACCACAUUAAUUGCUACUUCUAGAUACAAUUAGAUAGAUAUAUGGUGUAUAUGACAUGCAUUCAGUUAUCUCCGUCUAUCUAUUCGACCAUGUCUCGGCGCUUCUAUUUAAACGCCCCCGGUUCACAUGUCAGUGAUCCUCGACUGAUCUGAGUAUCUGACCGCUCUCAAGCUUCCAAACCUCACUGAUAGAUCCAAAGCCAGCACACCACAAACCAGCAGCCAUGAGGACCAGCAUCGCCCUCGUCAUCGUGGUGGCCGCCAUCAUCUACGCCGUCGCCAUGCCCGCCACGGCGAUGCCCGGCGGGUGGGAACACAUCGGUAACAUCAACGACCCGAAGAUCCAGGGGCUCGGCCGUUGGGCGGUGGCGGAGCACGUGAAGCAGGCGGGCGGCCGGCUCAGGUUCAUCAAGGUGGUGCUGGGCACGGUGCAGGUGGUGUCGGGCUUCAACUACCGGCUCGUCGUCGAGGCGCUGAACGGCGCCGGCAAGAAGGACGCGUACAAGGUGGAGGUGUACGAGGCGGCAGCCAACAAAAGGCGCAAGCUCAUCUCCUUCGCCCCGGUCGCCCAAGAGGCGUAGGCCUUUUGGUGUAUUUGUAAUUCUUGAUUGAUGGACAUCGUCACAGCUCACAAGCAAUAUUCCUGAGGCAUCAACAAGUUACAGAUCCAACUGCAUUACCUUUGACUCACAUAAUCUAAAUGUCACCCCCGUGCGUAUUCUAGAAAAAAAAUUAAGCUAACUGGUGGAAAAUGUGGAUGCCUUAUACUCCCUCCGUUCCUAAAUACUCUCUCCAUCCCAAAAUAAGUGACUCGACUUUGUACUAGCUUUAAUACAAAAUUAGUACAAAGUCGAAUCACUUAUACGAAGGGAGUAGUCUUUUUAGACAUUUUAAAUGGACUAUAAC